GUAUAUGAUUUUUUUGUACUUCCGGUGUCCGAUACUGUUAAUCUCACGUGGACUACGUAUGAUUGUGGUAUUUCCAUUUAUUUGUUUUCUAAUGUUUAGUCUAGCCUCUAUUAUUUUUUCAUGGAUUUUGCUGACCGAUUUUAGUCAAGCAUUUACUUUGGUUACCACGAGGGACAAGGUUUUCCACUUUCGGUUUUAGUUCUCUUUACUACAGACUUGUUUUUGCUCCAAACAUGCGUCCUCUGACAGAUGUGGAAACGAAAACGCUUUUUGAGAAGUUGUCUAAAUAUAUUGGGGAGAACAUUAAACUGUUGGUGGAUCGACCUGAUGGAACCUACUGUUUCCGGCUUCACAAUGACCGAGUUUAUUAUUUGAGUGAGAAGAUUUUGAAGCUUGCAACAAGUAUCUCUCGGGAUAAAUUGGUUUCCUUGGGGACAUGCUUUGGAAAAUUUACAAAGACUCAGAAAUUCCGGCUUCACAUCACCGCAUUGGACUACCUUGCCCCCUAUGCAAAGUAUAAGGUGUGGGUAAAGCCAGGGUCGGAGCAGUCCUUUUUGUAUGGAAACCACAUUCUGAAAUCUGGUCUUGGAAGAAUAACAGAAAACACAGCACAGUACCAGGGAGUAGUGGUGUAUUCCAUGGCAGAUAUUCCUUUAGGCUUUGGAGUUGCAGCCAAGUCUACCCAAGAGUGUCGGAAGGUUGAUCCCAUGUCCAUUGUGGUGUUUCAUCAGGCUGAUAUCGGAGAGUAUCUUCGACAUGAGGAAACACUGACGUAACACCAUACUAAGCCUUCCUCUAAAAAGAGUUGCAGGGAAGGGUGACUUAUCAGUUCCUUGAAAAAUAAGCUACAAAAAUAACAACAGAGUUAAAAGGGUGCUGUAGACUGUGUAUUAUGAAACGGAAUAAAAACAUUUGUUGCAACAGCUUUUUUAAACUGGCUCUGCUGUGUGCACCCUCUUCUCUAAUAUCCUGAGUUUUUAUUGAAAGUUGAUGUUAACAUCUGCAUUAAAAAAAGAACGGCAGAGAAAGUUACUCUUAGAUGGCCUGUUCUACAUGUCACAGUCUGCUAAGUGUUUUGUAUCUAUGCCAAGGAAAAUUGGCCGCCGCCUUUUUAUUAAGAAAUGGGAAAAUAGAAAAGGAAGGUGGGCCAUUGAAUGUGAUGGUAGAAUCCUGCAGUGUUGAACCAUCUCUAGUAUUCAUUUUAUAAAGUACAUGUAAUUGCUCUAACAGAAGAUUUCAUCACAUGCCAAUGUGGUUUUGCUUUUACAUUAUUCAGUAUGUAACAAAUUUCUCUUUUUUGUUGUAACACACUUGACACUUGCUGUAAAUACCCAUUUAAUUAUUUUC